GCCAUCAUCGUAGGAAGUUGGCUUCUUCUUCACGUCUCCACCGCGAAGAAAGCUGCGUUCUUUCCCGGUGAAAGAGAUAUGCAUCGAUCAUCUAGCAGUUGUCGGGUUUCGGACGAGUUCUGCGUGAAAUCGUCGACGUUGAAAGACACGGAGACGGAGCAGAGUCGGGAACAGCUUCCCACAUACAAUCCCCUCUCUCACGCCGCCAAGAGAGAAAGGUCUCGACUCAGAUCCGCCGAGAACGCCGUCCACCUCAUCCCUCUCGUCCUCGUUCUCUGCGCAGUAAUCCUUUGGUUCUUCUCAAUCCCAGAAUCAAGGGAAUGAAGAUUGCAAGGGAAAUCAGUGGAAUUUGUGCAGUGACCAGUUAGAUUUACAACCUGGAUGAUCUAACACAACAACUGGUUUAUGAAAUCUAAAUCUUAGAGGAUUGAGUAGAUUCUUGCUGUCACAGAUGCUCUGA